UGGCCGGCCAUGGGGACGCGCGCGGCGGCACGGCCACGGGUCGCGCCGCCAUGCGCGAUGGGACCGCCGGCCAGCUCGAUCUCCCUUCGGCCUAUCCGCGCCUCGUCUUCUCCCAGCACCGGCUCCUCCUUCCCACACCUCUCCCUCUCCCUCCUCCGUGCGGCCCGUCUCGCCCGCACGUCUGCGCCCGCUCCGACUUCUCUUGCUCCGGCGGCCCGCUCCCUGGUGCGCGUCACUCGCCAUCGCACGCGCCGCUGCCGCCGCCGCGCGCAUCUGCCGCUCCUCGCGCCGGCACUCGUCUCGCCGGCCACUGCGCCGCCGCACGCGGGCGCUGCGUGAGUGAGCGUGGGUGGGUGACCGUCUCCGCCUCGGCCUCGGCCUCUGCCGCAGCAGCAGCCGCAGCGACUCGCGCGCCAUGUCGCAUCCUUCGGCGUCGUCGUCAUCGUCGUCGUGGAACAUGCCCAGCAGCGGCGGGCCCUCCAACGCAGCCGCGGCCGCCUCGGCCGCCUCGCUGGCGGCCUACUACCCGACGCCGCGCGGCUACGAUGCGCAGGUGCCGCAUGCCCAGCAGCAGGCCGCUGCCCUGCAGGCGCAGGCGCAGCAGCAGCAACAGCAGCGGGCCAUGCAUGCGGCUCAUGUGCAGCAGGCACAGGCGAUGCAGCGCAUGCAACAGCAGCAGCAGGGACAUGCCGCGGCCGCACCGCAGCUCGCCAGCAGCGCCAUGCUGUUGCAACAGCAGCAGCAGACGCAGCAACAGCAGAGCCAUGCCGCCUUCGAGGCAGGCGCCAGCUCCUCGCCGCCCUCGUCGCGCAGUCCCUCGCGCGGUGCGGGCGCCAGCACCAACGCCGCGGGCACGAGCACGCCGAACGGCGGCUUCGAGCGGCCGCGUGUGCGCACGGAUGGACCGGGCGGACCAGAUGUGAAGCAGGGCGCGCGCAUUGCCUGCCUCGAUUGUCGCACGGCCAAGAUUCGCUGCUCGGCCCCCACAGACGGCAUUGUGCCGUGCAAGCGCUGUGCGCGCCACGACAAGGAGUGCAUCUUUGAGAAGCACCGGCGCGGACGCAAGCCUGGGCGAUGGAACGGCUCGGGUCCGCCACAACAGCGCGACGACAGCGGCUCGCCGCAGCCCGAAGGCGAGCACGGCGCCGUCUCGUCUGCCGCGCCGCUACAGCCGCCUUCCGCUUCGCUCGCCGCUGCUGCCUCAGCCACAGCCAUGGCAGCAGGUCAGUUUGCGCACCACUCCUCGCAGUGGACGCAACCCGCCGCUGCCACGUCGCGGGCGCAGCCAGUCAGCUACCACGCCACGUCGGCGUUCACGCCCGCAUCCUCCAACGCGCGCAUGCCCAGUCCAGGACGCAACGGCUCGCGUCCGCCGUACGGCAAUGCCGGCUCGAGUCCCCAGCUCGGCAGCUCCGGCAGCUUCUCGAGCUACACGGCCCUCAUGAAUGGUCUGCCGUCGCCCUCGUCGGUGCCUUCCCUCUCCUCGGCCGCCUCUGCUCCUAGCCUGCGCUCCGCGGCAUGGCCAGGCCCCAUCAGCAUGCCUCCGCCGACGCGUCUCAGCAGCGCAGCCACGCUCGAGCAUCACACGCCCGGCACGGCACAGGUGCCGCGCUCCUGGCUCGACUUUGCCAGUCCGGGACGCAGUCUGCUGUCGCCCAGCCUAGGCCUCGGUGCAUCACCGGGCAUGCUCGCGGCGUCGGCGGCGUACGUGGCGCAGCAGACGCAGCAAGCCAUCGGCCUGCCUGGCGCACAGUCGCUGCCGCUCACGAGCCAGAGCAACGGCACAGGCCAGUCGUUGGCGCACGCAUCGCUGCAGCAGCCUUUCGUGCCAGUGAACCAGCAAGCGGCAAAGCGCAAGGGCGACGAGCCGGCGGCGCAGAAAAAGGAGGACGGCGAGUAUGGCAGCGCCGCGAAGCGUGCGCGUCUGGGCGAAGAGGCCGACGAGACGGCUGCAGUGCCGUCGAGCAGUGCAUCCGAGGGCACGUCGGACGAUGCUGAGGUGGACCAGCUGGACGAGGACGCGCUGGGCGAGGGGCAAGACGAGGACGUCCUGCAGACGCCGCUGCGUCUGCUUGCGCACGCCAGCGAAGGCAUGGCAGCCACCAAGGCCGGCGAGCAAAAGGGCAGCACGGGCGCCGCCACGAUGGGCCUCGUCUCUCCGCCUGCACGCACACGUUCACGUCCCAGCAUGCUCAGCCAUCUUGUGGCAGCCGCAGGCGGGCAACAUCCGAUCCGCACCCUGCCGACGCUGCCCGGCAUCGGCACGCUGCGCGCCAGCAGCAACGUGCGGACACUGAUGAGUCCGCCCUUUGGCCUGCCUCGUCCCGGCGCCGCAGGUCGUUCGCGUAGCUACACGGCCGGCGAAGGCGCGCAGAGCCAAGCGCGCGUCGAUGCGCUCAACCUUGUUGCUGCUGCCGCUGCGGGCGUGGGGCCAGCUACGGCAGCAGCGGUGGCGGACCUGGAACGACCUGCGGCGGCCGCGGCGGAGCUCGAGGCUGGCUCGACGACACCCAGCACUCGCGAUGCAGGCGCGUGGGAGUACCGCGGCGGCAAGUCCCGCACACGUGCCAGUGCUCGCGACACGCCUACGUCCAGCAGCGUGGCUGCUCCGCGCGAGGGCAGUGAGGGUCGCAGCGACCCGAUCACUGCCGUCGACGACGCAAAGGCCGGCGAGACGGACGCGACGGGCAGCGACAGUCCGCUCUUGACGGCCGCGGCCGCGCGCAAUGGCUCCUCAGGCAGUUCGGCCGGCAAUGCCGCUCUCAGCGCUCGGCGCAAGAGCAUGGCGCGCGCUGCUAGACCGCGCUCGCGCAUGACCAAUGAGGACGGCUCGGCGAGUCUGCGCAUCGAUGGCGAUGCAUCCGUCGGCGCUCAUGACGAUCAGGAGGCGGGCGCUUCGCAUCCGGACUACUGGACCCAGAGUCCGUUUGCUUCCAAGCUUGACGUCGAGCAGGGCGAUCCUGUCGAGCUGGGCUUCAUCGAGAUGUCGGAACUGCGUGACCUGUUCGACAUCUUUUUCGCGCGCAUCAACCCGCUGCUCAAUCUCCUCGAUCCAUUCCUGCACAGCGUGUCUUACACGCGCAGCCGCUCCGCGUUGCUCACUACCGUCAUUGCGGCGUUUGCUGCUCGGCUGAGCGACUCGCCUCGCGACGCCGAGCUGGCCGUGCUCAUGGAGCGACACUGGCGCUCGACACUCGUGCCCGAGGUCCUGCUGGGCGGCUACAAGUCCGUCGAGCUGAGUCAAGCCUUCUUGCUGCUCUCGCUCUAUGGCAAGCCGACACAGCGGCUCAGCGACGACCGCUCGUGGCAAUACCUUGGCUUUGCCUGCCGCAUCGCCACCGAAAUUGGCAUUAACCGCCGCGUGGCGCCUAGCGGCAGCCUGCAGGACUCGGAGCAGCUGCGCCGACGCAUUCGCAACCGCUGGCGCACCUGGAUGUGCCUCUUCAUCAGCGAUCGCACGCUCAGUGCGCAAACGGGACGGCCGUUCACUAUCAGCGAGGACGACCUGAUCGCGGGCGUCGCGACCAACUUCCACCGUGCAGACUGGGCGCUGCCGCAGGACGUCAGUCUGGUGGCGCUCAUUCAGCUGCGCAGGCUCAUCGCGCAGCACGAGGAGGCGUUCAACACCUUCCUCCACGAGGCGCUCGGCAGUCUCUUGCGGCCUCGCACCGCCGAUGCAGAUCCUUCGGCACCCGUGGCAGUCUCGAUCGCCGGUCUGGAGCUCUACCGCAAGACGGCCAAUGCUGAUCUCGAGCGCUGGCGCGACAGCUGGUGCAUCUCUGCCACCGACGAGGCGCGCGUGCAGAGCCUCGCCAUGGCCGACUUUCUCGUGCGCUGGCGUCCUACGGCGAUGCUGCACUACGAGCACGCAAGGCUGUACCUCAACUCCAUCAUUCUGCAGGCGUUUGAGCAGUACAACGCCGGCAGCGGGCCCGCGACGGAGCUGGCGUCGCCCGUGACGCUCGACUGCUGGAGCACGGCGACGCGGCUCAUCGACGUGCUGCUGGACGACAUCAGUCAGGAGCAGCUCGAGUCCUCGCCCAACCAGACGGCCAUCAUGGCGACGUGGGCGGCUCUGGCCGCACUGCGCCUCACGAAGCUCGAUCCGGCCACGCAUCCCUGGGUCGACCGCGACGCCAUCGUCUCGCGCGCCAAGCGCCUCGCCAUUGCCCUGGCGCGCGCCGGACGCUCCCCUGCGCACCGCAACGGCGCGGCAGGCCCGUACGGCUCGUACCUGCGCACCGUCGUCAUGGAGCUCUUUGCGCCCGCGCCGUCUGAGGACGAGGAUGUCAAGGCCGAGGACACGCUCGAGACUGAGCCCAAGGCCAGCACGCCUCAGGAGCCGGCGCCACCAGCGCCUGCGCUGCCCGAGAAGAAGCGCAGCUCGGACGACAACCUGCCCACGAUCGCCAGCGCAGAUGUCCUCGCCGCCAACGCCUUGCCGGCUGUCAACGGCUCGCUCGCGUCGCCCGUCGAGCUCAGCAUGGCCGAUGCCAGCUCUGCACUCCGUUCAUCGUCACUGGCCAAUGCGCGGCUCGGCACUGGUCUGCGCCUCGAUGCGCUGCCCGUGGCGACAGCAGCAAACAGCAUCGUCGAGACCUCGACGCCGCUCGCUGGCUUCUCGUCCGACGUGUGGGCGGCCGCAGGCGGGCCGGAUGGCGCAGGCGUCUUUGCUGCCGCCACGAGCGCAGAGCCAGAGAACAUCGACCUCGCAUUCGACUAUCUCACCGCCUUCGAAGGCUCCGGCGGCUUCCCGGGCGGCCUCUGGACGCCGCAGACGACGUGGGGCGGCAACGGCGCCUAGGCGAGGAGGCCUCUCCGCACGCACAGCAUCGCACAGUCACCGGACGACCUCUUCCCUCUCCCUUCCUGGUCCCUCCCUAGCACUCGUCCUCUCCCGUUCCCGCCGCGUCAUUGAAGCCUCCUCUCUCGCUCGCUCCCCCGUCCUCUCCCCGGAACUCACUCCGCAUCGCUCGCGCCGCUCUAUUUCUCAUAUCCCUCGCCCCUCGGCGCCCAGGUCUGCGUCACCUUAGCCUCUAUACUCAGACUGCUCGUCGUCUCUCCGCGCGCGCCUUGCGCAGGCGCGUCUCGUUCCCCGCUCCAUCGCACGGCCUUGCUCGUUGAGCAGCGCCUCGCGCAUACAACGUCACCGGUCCUCUACAAUUGCACACAUAUGGUCU